UUUGUUGUUUAUUGGCUGGAGAGCAGAAUUACACAAAGUGAAAGCCUGAUCAGAUACAUCAUUAUCAGCGGAUAAGAAGAACCACCCUCACUGAGUGAAAUGAGCAGUGAGGGCAGUAAAAAAAUGGCACCAGAUGGCAGUACAAACAAGAGAGACCCAAAAGAACGUGGGAGUAUCAGUGCACCUUGGGCAAAACCGUUGGCAUGGGUUAAGGCAGAAAUCAGCAGUCUGAAAAAAGGACAAGGUCAACUGCUAGGGCAGAUUCAUUGUCUCUCCCAAGAAGUGAAAUCCUCACAAAACUCCCAAGUAUUGCCACACACACCUCCACCUGCCUUGCCACCAGUGGUUGCAGAGAAUUUGGAAAAAGAGUUAAAGAAAACCCAAGAUACAUUGCAGGCUUUGAAUCAGCGUCAGGCAAAUCUUACUGCUGCAUCCGAGUCACAGCAGCAACAGUUUGUCUCAAGAAUGGUAGCGCUGGAGCACCAACAAACCAGCACUGUGUCUGCCUCACAGGCAACCACCCAAGCCCUUGAGGAGAUUAAAAUGCAUUUAGAGUCCAUUAAGCAGAGACAGAAUGAGUUGCAUGACCGACAGGAAGCCCUUGAGGAGCGUUUACAAUCAGAACGACAUCAGUCUAUAGAGAGCGUUCGGACAUCAUCGCCACCUGUGCCAGUGGCUGAGAGUUUGUCCCCAGAAGAUAGCCUUAUAAACCUGGCUAAAAAAGCGGAUGACCGUCCCCACACAGAAUCAGUGCAGCCAAUGGGACUGGACGACCUAUUUUCAGUGCCUGAUGUUUUCAACGACUUUGGCCCAGGGUGCAUUAAUCCCACCACCAUCCCCGCGCCUCCUCUGGCUGAACUCAUUGACUUCUCUGAUGAAGAACAGGUUCCCAUGGGUAUAGCCCCCCAGGUGUGCCUCUUGGACUCUCUCCCCCCUGGCCACACCCCUGUCAAUGUCUAUGAGUGGACCAAGGAGUUUGACACAAUUGGGAUGGAAUGUGGUAAUGAAGGCAAUCCAAGAGAGGCCACACUCACAUUUAGCACCAUGGGCGUUCAAACAGAGGGAGAGCCCAGAACAGAGGUCAAAGAUCAAGAGCCACAGAGGUCAAGGAUCAGUGUAUCCAGUGUAGGGAACCAGACACAAAGUAUCAUAAUGUCUGCUGCCACUGUCCAAACUGAUAAAGCAGGAUCUCCACGGGUCCUUACUCCAUCUUCUACACAGACAGAUUUAACAGGAGCUUCGCAAAUCCUCAUUCCAUCUUCGACACAGACAGAUUUGACAGGCGCCUCGCUGUUGAAUGGGGUUGAACAGGCCAGUGGGGAAACAUUUAAUGGAAGACCAGUGGCUCUGGUGAAAGGAAAUGGUCCUUUAUCAUCAAAAAACAAAACAUCUUUAGAGAAACACAAGUCGGCUUUAGUGGACCUGGUGGAUGGCGACUGGCUGGCGGCCAUAUUGCAGGAGAGAGGCUACAUGAAAGCUGAAGAUUUCAAAUCCAUAAUUGGUACUGAAGGAAACCAACAAAAGGUUGAGAAGACACUUGAUGUUUUGAACAACUUGGGCGAUGUUGGUUUUGAUGGACUGAUAAUGGCUUUGAUUGCAUUAAACCAGCAGGGGCUGGCGGCACUCCUAGCCAAGUGCAAAGAUCCCCCAAGCACCACCCUGAAGUUCAGGCUUGACUUUGCACCAAAGCAAGGUAAAUCAUUCAACCCUGCUUCUAUCCACAAACUUACCACAGCAGAACAACACAUGAACAGUCACUGGUCUAGCUCCUCUUGGCAGCAGGCCCUCACUAGUGCCAUCUCCAGGUGCGGUUACCCAGUCCUCAGCCUGAAUCAAAGUGUCAGAUCAGUAGAGGUUGCCAUCUACAGCACUCAAGCAGUGGAUUCGCUCCUUCAGGAAACUCGUAGCACGGGCUCCUCAAACUUGUCCCAGGCGAUUGGCCAAGUGGUUUUGACAGAAGAUGUCCAAGAAAAUGUUGGUGACCUUGACCUGGUGGUUAAGUGUUCGACCAAUAUGGAUACUCAGACAUCGUUGAAGAUGAGGACAUUGUUGACGCUGCAGAAAGAACCCAACAUUAACAGUGCUGGCAGAGAUGAUGCUAUUUCCCGAUCAAGAAGACAAGAUAACCCCCAAAGUGCGGUUCCCCCUGGACAUCCAGAGGUGCCAAAAAACACCACUUCAGCUAGAAACAUCCAAGAUGAAGUUCCAAGCUCUCCUUUUGUGGCCUUGUUUCCAAGAUGGCAGGAGAUGAAGAGCUCACGUAUUUGCCUCGGCAGCACCAAUAGCUACCUUGAGCGAGAGUUCAUGGCUCUUAAACAGAAAGUAAAAAAACUGCAAGACACCACAAUCAAAGACCUUGAGGAGGAGAAUGAAAACCUUCAAGAUACCAUAGACCAGGAAAGGGAAGCCAAGAGUUCAGAGAUUGAGAAAGUUAAAACAGAGUUGGAGGAUCAACUAAAGACGAAGGACAGUGAAAUUAGUCAACUGAAUGAAAAAUGUGAGGAAUUAAAACAAGCAAAGGAUAUGGAGUUAGAUCAGGUCUUGCAAGACUUGAGAGAUAAGGAAGCAGAGCUUUCAAAACUCCAAAAGGAGUACCAGGAAUCUUCUGUUCAGGCAACUGCCACCAUCACGCAGUUACGCGCAAUGUGCCAGCAACGCCUCGUUUCCGUGAUGAGGAUGCCGGGGGGAACAACUCCACGAGGAGGGUUAAGAGGGGGUCUUGGGAGGGGCAAUAUUAUGUACACCAGGGGGCGUGGCACUGGGCGUGGAACAAUUACGUCCCCGCACCAGUCUCCCAAUAAUAUUGGCUCUGGAGACAGCAAUAACCAGUCAUCAGAUGGCGCUACUGUUUUGCUGGACACAAUGCAAAGAUCAGCACAGUACAACAAUAUAGUGGAAGAUUAUCAGACAUCUGCAGACAACAUGUACAACGACAGCCUGGAAAACGAUAUCGGCUAUGGAGAUGAUGUGUAUGAGACUUAUGGAGGGGCUACUAAUACUGCUUACUACACAACUACAGCAGGUGGGAAUACUGCUUACUACACAGCACCCCUGGGUCUGGCUACAGUACUGUGUCUAGACCUGUCUGGAAGUAUGGCUGGGGACCCCUUUAAUCAGGUGAAGGGAGCCAUUAGGAGCUUGCUCAACAAUGCUGAUACUUUUGCCUAUAAGACUGGAUAUCAAGAAAGGAUAUCUAUUGUGGUAUUUGGGCGAGAGACAGCAGUUAAGGUUCCACUGACCAAUAACACGGAUCAACUGGAAAAAUGCCUUGAGUCUUUGUCUCCCCGUGGCCUGUCACCCCUCGGCCAAGCCUUUGAGGCGGCCACCAAAGAGCUGAAAGACACAAAUGCCAGUGUCAAUCUUUAUGGCUUUAAAAUUCCACCUCGCAUCCUCAUCUUUAGUGAUGGAAAUUUAAGUGCAGCACAGGCAGGAGACGGGGGACAAGAUGAUGAUGAUGAGGAUGUCACAAAGCCCCAGGAUAUUCCACUGUACCAGUUCAUGGAGUCCCUUCAAUCCUAUGCAUUGACCACAGACAAAAAUAAUUUGAAAGCCAAGAUCGUCUUUAUUGGUUGUGGCAACAAAAACAAGGACAUACUGACGUCAGCUGCUAAGACAGUCAAUGGUAACUACUUUGACAUUGAUGAUGAGGAAGCCAUGGAUUCUAUUGGUCUCUACUACCGACGACUGGUGAAAAUAUGCAACUUUCAAGCCUCUUACCACAACAUGACUGGGAAAUGUGACGCUAAGGCUGAUGAGGUGGUUUUCGGAUCUACUUUAAUGACCACUAACAGAAGGAAAAAUGAUGGUCUGGGAGAGCACCAGCUAGAAGAUAUGGAACUGAAAACUAUGUACAAGUUGUACUGCCAGCUUCACAAGGAAGGGCACCUGCUGUGUUCCCACAGUCGAGGCACCAAGGACACUUCGGAGGUGGAGGGUAGAUUGCCGCUCGGCACACGUGUGAGGCGAGGAGCAGACUAUUGCUAUGGAGAUGAGGAUGGAUACGGAGUGGGAACUGUGAUAGGCUAUGACGAGAAGGGUUCAGUAGGAGUGAGCUGGGACAGUUCAAACAUCAUCUUAAAAUAUCGCUAUGGCCACGGAGGUUGCUAUGAUGUCCUUGCUGUGGAUGAGCCGCGUAAACUGGCACCUGGCGACAUCAUUAAAAUUGGGGUCAGAGUUCAAAGAGGCCCAGACUGGAUGUACAAAGACAUUGACGGAGGACCAGGCAGCAAGGGCGUGGUCUAUAAUCUGGCAGAGAAUGGCGCCGUGAGGGUCCGCUGGGACAAUGGUAACCUACUGGACUGUAGGUUUGGAUUUGAAGGAUUCUUUGAUCUAGUGGUUUGCCCAGAAGCCAAAAGUGCCUAAAGCAGUCAGAUGCACUAGUGGACAGAUGUCAGUAACAGCCAAAAGAAACACAGGACAGUUAUAAAAAUUAAACUACUAGACUGACAACCAAGAGAAAAACUGAUAUUUUAACAAGAACUGCUUAAAUUUUGUUUCAUAAAAAAUAGUUUUUACAGAUAUUAACUCUAUAGGAGUGGUCACAUGACCAGCCUGCGGAUUUGGUAAAUCAUCACUUUAUUCAAACAAAGUUUACUUAAUUAAACAUAUUUUCAGAAACAUCAUUUUGACAGAACAAGUUACAUAAUAUUACAGGUAGUACGCUGCAAAUUCUUUACUACAGCAUGGUUGAAUGGUUAACUAGCUCUUGAAGUGUCAUGAUGAGUUUAAGGUUAGCUAAAUGAAGAAAAUGCAAAAAUUUAUGUGGUUGCAAAAAAUUGUGGAAUAAUUUUCUUUCUGAUUGUAUAAUCAUUACAGUAAGAAUGGGAUUGCAAUUCCUCGAUUGCUCACUAUUAAUUAUGAUACAUGUAUAUAGGCAACAGCAUAAUGCUAGAGCUAUUUUUGUUGUCACUACAUGCUGCUGCAAUUAUCAUAUGAUAGCUAAUAUCAACAUGGAGAAAGAAUUUUUACUCAAUAUAUUAGCAUUUUGUCACUUUCAAAAGAUGUGACCACUAAGUGGUGCUGAUGUAGGCAAGAAGAAAUCAAGUAAGAAGGAAGGUUUUAUGACAACAUUACUGUAUGUGCAGGCCUGUAGCCAGUGGGGAAGGGGGAGGGGUUGGAACAAACUACUUUUUGCUUGGAAAAGAUCCACUCUGGGAGAAAUUUUGAGUUAAGUACAUGGUGGCUUUGUACAUGGUUAAGGUCUUAAACAGUAAAAAGUUUUAGUCUUAAAUUGCACUUUAAGACCAAAUUAGGCCCACUAGUGUAAGUGUAGGUAACCCCGUAUGAAAAUGCUGGCUUCUGGCCUGGUCUUUGUGUGCUUAUAUUUGAUAUUAUCGAGUAGAGGAGUGCAAAACACGUAUUGACACACACACACACACACACACACACACCAAAGAGACUGGUAGCCUUACUACUUCAUGUGCAAUAACUUAUGUAAUCUAUUACAGGAAGCUUGAAGCAACAGAUUUAUAUUUUAAAAUUUUCAAUAUGUAUGCUUUACUGAACAUUGUUUUUGCUGUGGACGUUGGAAUAAAAAAUCAACACAGACCAUAA